GUAAAAAAGCAGAACAUUAUCAACUUCCUUCCUACUCCACGUAGUAGUCCUAAAUGUGAAGCAUCUACAGAUUAUUAACGAUGGAAGACUACAACUAUGAUUACAACACCACGGAUUAUAUAAUCCCUGAUAUUCUGGAUGGGUCGACUGUAAAAAUGACACCUGCCCAGAUUAUCUCCUUGGUGUGCUAUAGUAUUGUGAUCCUACUGGGGGUGCCUGGCAAUGCUCUGGUGGUGUGGGUGACGGGUUUCUGCAUGCCCCACUCGGUCACAUCUUUGUGGUUCCUCAAUUUGGCACUGGCUGAUCUUCUGUGUUGCCUGUCUUUACCGCUUCUUAUGGUGCCACUCGCGCACGACGACCACUGGCCGUUUGGUCCCUUGGCGUGCACCAUGAUUAAAGGCCUGUUCUACCUGGUGAUGUACUGCAGCAUACUCCAGCUCGUCUUGAUCAGUGUUGACCGCUACUUAUUGGUGACCAAGCCCGUGUGGUGUCAAAACAUGAGAAGACCUAGGAAAGCUGCAUGGGUGUGCGUGCUUGUCUGGGGUGUGGCGCUCAUAGGCAGCAUCCCGCAGUUUAUCUUUUAUAAAGAGGUUGCAGCGGGACUGAAAAAGAAAGAGUGCUCAACUGCGUUUCCAAAGUCAGAGGGCAUACAGUAUAUCGUUUAUUCUUUCCGUUUUCUAAUGGGGUUCGCUAUCCCAUUCUUGGUCAUUGCAGUGUGCCAUUGGAGGGUGUACAAGCGCGCAGAGAGCGGAUUGACUCGUACCACCCGCUCUAAACGCACCCUAAAGAUCAUAGUUGCAGUGAUAGUCAGCUUCUUUAUCUGCUGGAUCCCUCUUCACAUCGUGGACUUCAUUCUCUUGGAUACCCCGCGUCACUCCCCUCAGAGGCCCAAGGUGUUCUUUGCGCACACACUGGCACUGUGUUUGGCGUAUGUCAACAGCUGUUUGAAUCCAUUGCUUUAUGUGUGCCUGGGACGCGGCUUUAAAAACAGAAUGAGUCAGUCUCUUCGUGGUGUCUUGAAUUUUGCAACAGAGGAGCCGCAGAAGAGGGCAAGCGUCACCAAUACAACAGAGAGCAGGAGUCUGAGCACCAAAGAGAUGACUCAAAUUUGACGGGUUAUGUGGAAAAUCCCUCAGUCGUUCAGGUAGAAUCCAUGGCAAAAGGAGAAAUUUAUGCUGUCAACUGGACAAAAUAAAUAAAUUGGCCAAAAAAAAAAAAAAAAAAAAAUAAUAAUAAUAAUAAUAAAUAAUAAUAAAAUAAUAAUAAAAAAUAGACCCCAAACUGAACAAAAAUAAAACUUUCCAAUUUCUCCUUUUGCCUGACGGGUUAUAUUUAAUCAUGUUAUUACUAACAGUCCCAUAUCAGCUAAAAAAAAAAAACUAAAUAAAAAGUGGAUGUUAAAUAUAAGAGUUGCGUAAGAGCUCCUAAAUAUCCAAAUCAGCACAGCACUGUUCAACAUGUUUAACAUGUCAGCAUUUUUUUUCGUACUUCUGUUUUUUUUUUUUUUUUUUUUUCUCUCACAAAUAGCAUUUCUGUGGCAACAACGGCCUAGUAAACUACACCCUAAUUUCUAGUAAACUAGUACUGAACUGAACAAGAACUUGUCAUUUUAGAUGCAACCAUUAGAGUGCUAAUGUUUAAGAUGUUUAAGUAGCCCUGUAUUUUAAAUGUGCCAUGCUUCUGAAUUUGCAACCACUGUGUUAAAAUAAAGUCUAAGUUUAAAUGAAAUGCAACAA